AUGGAUCGCCUCAGUCAAGUCGCUUCUCAUACCACCUCUACCAUUCCUGGUCCUGCCAACCCGCUUGAUCCCUUAUCUCCUUUAGAAAUCCAAUUGGUUUCUGGUUUGCUCAGGGAUAAGUACUCCAAAGAGGGCACAGAGAUUAAUUUCAAUACAAUCACAUUGAAAGAACCUUCCAAAUCUGAAUACCUCUUGUGGAAGGAAUCCAGUACCGUUCCGCCUCGUGUGGCCUAUUUUAUUAUUUUGAUCAAAGGUUUCAAUGGCCUUCAUGAAGGGUUGGUGGAUAUUAGAGGGAAAUCGAUUGUCAAAAUCACCAAGUCUAACAACGUUCAACCUAUGUUGACCAUUGAAGACUUGUCUAGUGCCGAAGAAAUCAUCAGAAAUGACCCAGAAGUCAUUAGACAAUGUGGGAUCUCUGGGGUCCCUGCCAAUGAAAUGGAUCGUAUUUAUUGUGAUCCUUGGGCCAUUGGCUACGAUGAACGUUGGGGAUCAUCCAGAAGAUUACAACAAGCCAUGGUUUAUUACAGAUCUAAUGAGAACGACUCGCAAUAUUCCCAUCCCUUGGAUUUUUGCCCAAUCAUUGACCCAGCGUUAAAGAAGGUCAUCUUCAUUGACAUUCCUAAAAUCCGCAAACCGUUGUCAAAACACAAACACUCAAAUUUCCAUUCUGAUGGUGUCAAAGAAAAAUACGGAGGUUAUCGCACUGAUGGUAAACCAAUUAAUGUGACCCAACCUGAAGGCGUGUCUUUCAAGAUGGAGAACAAUACAAUUGAAUGGUCUAACUUCAAAUUUCAUGUUGGAUUCAACUAUCGUGAAGGUAUUGUGCUUUCUGAUAUCACUUACAAUGAUCAUGGCAAUGUCAGACCGAUCUUUCACAGAAUGUCACUUUGUGAAAUGAUUGUUCCUUACGGUUGUCCAGAUUAUCCCCAUCACCGUAAACAUGCUUUGGAUAUCGGUGAAUAUGGUGCAGGCUUCAUGACCAACUCUUUGGCAUUGGGCUGUGAUUGUAAGGGGGUGAUUCAUUACCUAGACGCUCACAUGGUCAACAAAGAUGGUUCUCCAAUCACUGUCAAGAAUGCGGUUUGCAUCCACGAAGAAGAUGAUGGAAUCUUGUACAAACAUUCUGAUUUCAGAGAUGAUUACCGUACUUCUACCGUGGCAAGAGCCUCUAAAUUGAUUGUUUCUCAAAUUUUUACCGCCGCCAACUAUGAAUAUUGCAUUUAUUACAAUUUCAUGCAGGAUGGAUCCAUCAAAUUAGAAGUCAAGUUGACAGGUAUUUUGAAUACCUAUGUUUGUUCCGAUGAAGGUUCUGAGGUUGGCCCAUGGGGUACCAUUGUUUAUCCAAACACCAAUGCCCAUAAUCAUCAACAUUUGUUCAGUUUACGUAUUCAUCCUAGAAUUGAUGGUGAUGGCAACUCUGCUGCUGCUGUGGAUGCUGCCCGCUCUCCUUAUCCAACUGGUCAUCAAGAAAACAUGUAUGGUAAUGGUUUUUAUGCUAAAAAAACCGUCUUUAAAACCAUCAAAGACUCCAAGACUAAUUACGAGUCGUCUACUGGCAGAUCUUGGGAUUUAUUCAACCCAAAGAAACUUCAUCCGUAUUCUAAAAAACCAGCUUCUUACAAGUUGGUUUCUACAUUCUGCCCUCCUUUGCUUGCCCAACCGGGCUCUUUGCCUUAUAAACGUGCUAGUUGGGCUAAUGAUACCGUCACUGUGAUUCCAUAUCAAGAUAUCAAGGCAAUCGAUGCGGCAGAUCAUGGAUACGAUCGUACAAUUUAUCCAUCGGGAAAUCAUGUUUGUCAAUGGUCUGGUGAUGGUAUGGUUGGUAUGAGAAAAUGGGUGGCUGACGGUUCUGCGGAAAUUGAAGACACUGACAUUGUUAUGUUCCAUACAUUUGGUAUCACUCACUUCCCAGCUCCAGAAGAUUUCUGUGUUAUGCCAGCUGAAAAGAUCGAAGUCUUGUUGCGUCCAAGAAACUUCUUUUUAGAAAACCCUGGUUUGGACGUUGUUCCUAGUCACACCAUGACCACUUCUGAAGCCAGAAAGAUUAUCACUGCUGGAGUUGAACACAUCACUUCAACCACAGAUAAGACCUCAAAAUUGGCAUUUAGUGGUUCAUCCUGUGGCUGUAAUAAGCAUGUUGACCAGGCAAUUUUAUCAGAAGAUGAGCGUCUUGUGAUCAUUAGGUUUGGUCGGGACUCCGACAAGGAUUGUCGAUUGAUGGAUGAGCUUCUCUACAAGAUUGCAGAAAAAAUCAAGAACUUUGCAGUGGUGUAUCUUUGUAAUAUCGACGAGGUUCCUGAUUUCAACCAGAUGUACGAGCUUUAUGAUCCUAUGACGAUAAUGUUCUUCUUUAGAAACAAGCACAUGAUGUGUGAUUUCGGCACGGGAAAUAACAAUAAAUUGAAUUUUGUCUUGGACGAUACCCAAGAACUAAUCGAUAUCAUUGAGGUGAUAUACAGGGGGGCAAGAAAGGGGAAAGGUUUGGUGGUAAGCCCUAAGGAUUAUUCCAGUAAAGGAACUAGAUAUGGUUGA